AGAUACUGUACACCAUAUGAAAGGUAUAUCUCCAUCUCUCAUCAACCUCUCAAAACAUAACGUAGAAUGCAGUUAUUAAAACCACCACAAGAUGGCAAUAUAACUUACUGUGUGUGGAACGCACAAACAGGAAGUGAUGUAAAGUAGGAAAAGGAAGUGAUGUAAGAAAAGGACAGGGCGUUAUAUAAGGCAAACAUAGGAAGUUCUGAGGGAUAGAAGAAUGAGGUAAAGAGGAGACAUAGCUGGAUUACACAGAGGAGGAUAAAGGAAGUAGUGAAGAGGACAUCUGGGCAGUUGAAGAACAGAUGCUGAUCCCAUGAUCCAUCUUGAGACGGACACAAGGGUCUCUACAAGGACGUCGUGAUGGAGAAUCAGCCGCCCCUCACAUCACCGGAUGGACAUGAUGCUCAGAACGAGAAUACUUCUGAGGGACAAUCUAUCCUAUCUCCAGAUAAUGAUGAAGAAGAUAAUGAUGAAGGAGAUAAUGAUAAAGAAGAUAAUGACAUCACACAACCUUCUCCAGAAGUAAAUCCCAUUACUCAUAAUACCCAUCACAGAGCUGGUGAUAAAAAACGAUCAAUGGAUCCCUCAAAGCCCAAGAAAUCUGAUAAAUCACAUUCCAUUACUCCAAAAAGACAUCUAAAAUCUCAGAGUACGGAGAGAUCAACAAAGCCAUCGAAGUCCAAGGAACCUUCUUCAAGACGUGAAGGGAAUCACGCAGGAGAACAAUCCUUGUCGUGUUCAGUGUGUGGGAUAUCCUUCACCGAAAAAAAAUACCUUUUUAUACACCAAAGAACUCACAAAAGCGAGCGUCCUUUCUCGUGUUCGGAGUGCGGGAAAUGUUUCACUUUAAAAGGAAACCUUGUUCGACACAAGAGGCUCCACACGGGUGAGCGACCUUACUCGUGCUCAGAGUGCGGGAAGGGUUUCACCGUUAAAAAAUCGCUUGAUAUACACGAAAGAACUCACACAGGCGAACGUCCCUUUUCGUGUUCGGUGUGCGGGAAACGUUUCAGUGAGAAAAGAUGUCUUCAGAGACACGAGAGAAGUCACACGGGCAAGCGCCCCUAUUCAUGUUCGGUGUGUGGGAAGUGUUUUGCGGAUAAAGGAAACCUCCUUCUACACCAGAGAAUUCACACAGGGCAGCGUCCUUUUUCAUGUUCAGAGUGCGGGAAGUGUUUCACUCAGAAAGGACACUUUCUUUCGCACCAGAGAAAUCACACGGGGGAGCGUCCUUUUUCAUGUUCAGAGUGCGGGAUUAGUUUUGUUCACAAAGGAAGCCUUGUUGCACACCAGAGAAAUCACACAGGUGAGCGUCCUUUUCCAUGCUCAGAGUGCGGGAAAUCUUUCAGUCAAAAAGGAAACCUUACUAAACAUCUGAGAAGUCACACGGGUGAGCGCCCUUUUUCAUGUUUAGAGUGCGGGUUUUCCUUUACUGCGAAAUCCGAUCUUAUUAAUCACCAGAGAAGUCACACGGGUGAGCGUCCUUAUUCGUGCUCAGUGUGCGGGAAAUGUUUCAUUCUGAAAAAGACUCUUCUUCAACACCAGAGAAGUCACUCGGGCGAGCGUCCUUAUUCAUGUUCAGCGUGCGGGAAAUGCUUCACUCACAAAAUCAAUCUGGUGGAACAUCAGAGAUGCCACACAGGUGAACGACCUUAUUCGUGUCCCGAGUGCGGAAAAAGUUUCACGCACAGAGCAGGCCUUAUUUCACACCAGAGAAGCCACACAGGCGAGCGUCCUUAUAAAUGUUCAGAGUGCGGGAAAAGUUUCACUCACAGGGCAGGCCUUGUAUCACACCAGAGAGGUCACACCGGUGAACGUCCUUAUUCUUGCUCAGUGUGCGGGAAAAGUUUCCCAGAGAAAGCCAAACUUCUGAUACACCACAGAUGUCAUACGGGGGAGCGUCCUUAUCCAUGCUCGGUGUGUGGGAAAUCUUUCACCCAGAAGGGAGCACUUGGUAUACACCAGAAGCUUCACACAGGCGAGCGUCCUCAUUCAUGUUCGGUGUGCGGUAAAGGCUUCAUUAUGAAAACUGCGCUUGUUAUACACCAGAGAAGUCACACGGGUGAGCGUCCUUUUUCAUGCGCGGAGUGCGGGAAAAGUUUUGUUCACAAGGGGGGCCUUGCUCAACACCAGAAAACUCACAAAUAGAAGGAUGGCUGUUCAUUCUGAGAGUUAGUUUGACUGAGUCACUGAUGAAGGCUCCAGUGGUGAGAUCUGCUUUCUACAAUUCCUGGCUCUCUCACCCCCCCAACAUUGAGGUGUCCUCAUUAUUCUUUGUGCAUGCUCCUCCAUAUUAAAUAAAAAGUCCAGCAGGGAGGGUCUGAGACUCUU